GGCCCAAUGCAGACUCCCACACUUGACUCUCUGGCCGACACACUAGCAACUCUGUGGUGUUUCGGGUCCCUCUAGUCGCUGCCUGGAGGACUAGACUCGUUUCCCUUUUGGCUUUGAGAGGCCCCGCAGCCUCCGCUGAGCUGGAAGAAAGAUGGCGGCGGCCGUGCGACAAGAUUUGGCUCAGCUCAUGAAUUCGAGCGGCUCUCAUAAAGAUCUGGCGGGCAAAUAUCGUCAGAUCCUGGAAAAAGCCAUUCAGUUAUCUGGGGCAGAACAACUUGAAGCUUUGAAAGCUUUUGUGGAAGCAAUGGUAAAUGAGAAUGUCAGCCUGGUGAUCUCUCGACAGUUGCUGACUGAUUUCUGCACACAUCUCCCCAACCUGCCUGAUAGCACAGCCAAAGAAAUCUAUCAUUUCACCUUGGAAAAGAUCCAGCCUAGAGUCAUUUCAUUUGAGGAGCAGGUUGCAUCCAUAAGACAACAUCUUGCAUCCAUUUAUGAAAAAGAAGAAGACUGGAGAAAUGCAGCCCAAGUGUUGGUGGGAAUUCCUUUGGAGACAGGACAAAAACAAUACAAUGUAGAUUAUAAACUGGAGACUUACUUGAAGAUUGCUAGGCUCUAUCUGGAGGAUGAUGACCCAGUCCAGGCAGAAGCUUACAUAAACCGAGCAUCAUUACUUCAGAAUGAAUCAACCAAUGAACAACUACAGAUACAUUAUAAGGUAUGCUAUGCACGUGUUCUUGACUAUAGAAGAAAAUUCAUUGAGGCUGCACAAAGGUACAAUGAGCUCUCUUACAAGACAAUAGUGCACGAAAGUGAAAGACUAGAGGCCUUAAAGCAUGCUUUGCACUGUACCAUCUUAGCAUCAGCAGGACAGCAGCGUUCUCGGAUGCUAGCUACUCUUUUUAAGGAUGAAAGAUGCCAGCAACUUGCUGCUUAUGGGAUCCUAGAGAAAAUGUACCUAGAUAGGAUCAUCAGAGGAAAUCAACUUCAAGAAUUUGCUGCCAUGCUGAUGCCUCACCAAAAAGCAACUACAGCAGAUGGUUCUAGCAUCUUGGACAGAGCUGUUAUUGAACACAACUUGUUGUCUGCAAGCAAAUUAUAUAAUAACAUUACCUUUGAAGAACUUGGAGCUCUUUUAGAAAUCCCUGCAGCAAAGGCAGAAAAGAUAGCAUCACAAAUGAUAACAGAAGGACGUAUGAAUGGAUUUAUUGAUCAGAUUGAUGGAAUAGUACAUUUUGAAACACGAGAAGCCCUGCCAACAUGGGACAAACAGAUUCAAUCACUUUGUUUCCAGGUGAAUAACCUUUUGGAGAAAAUUAGUCAGACAGCACCAGAGUGGACAGCACAGGCCAUGGAAGCGCAGAUGGCUCAGUGAAUCCUUGCAGAACUUCUGUGCACACUACAUCUUUUCACAUGUCAUACAGGUUAAUUUCACUCUCUCCGAAGCAUUUGCAUCAUGACCUUAUGUAUUUCAAACCCUUUAAUGCUGGAUUCCAUUUAAAGAAGACAUUAUUAGCAGAAAGUACAGCAUUAAAAAGUAUGUAGUUUCCAUAUAUUCAGGGCCUCUGUGUAUCAUGCUAACUCAGAUGUUUUGAAGACUUUUUCUUUAAACUGAGUAAGUGAAAUAUCUGUGGCUAAAAAGUUUGGGAUUUGUGAUAACUUUGUAGUCAUGUAAAAUCUAAAUGCAUUGUGCCUCUCCAAAUGUGGUUACCCUAAUAAAUGGAGAUGUGAGCUAAAUAAAA